UUUCGAUUGAUCAUUCGUUGCGCUUCGGGUGAUCAUCGUCACUCCUUGGUUGAAUUGUACGAGAAGAAGACCUUGAGCGCCUCGUCAUUCAUGAAUAGUGUGCGCAUCCAGCUUAUCCAUAUUGAAAAUCUUCUUGCGCGAUUGGAGCUCUUGAGAUAGGUUUUGUUGCCUCCCAGCUUUCAUCUAUCACCCCGUUUUCUUUCAGGUCUUUCGGGUGAGAUUGACUCCCCGGCAGUAGUACUACAGCCUUUCUUUCUCACCCUUUGAAAUCAUACACGCUAUAAUUCCAUUAGUUCCGUAGUCAAUGUAUUGCCAAUGUGGUUGGUUUUCUUUGCUAGGUCAUUCUAAGCUCCUUUGCGUGUGUUCCUUCUGGCUGCUGUCGGCGUUUUUCAGUGCUUUCAGUUCUGAUGAUAGUGAAGACGACAGCAUUAUCAUGACCCCGAAAACACAUAGACCUGACUAUACAUUGGGGUAUCGUUUCAUAAGACAGAUGUGCUUUUCCGAGACGCUGGAACUCGUCCCAGGACAGUGAAUUUCGUACCUUGGUAUAAGGAAGUGCAACCAAGAGUUCACAGCAAAC